UAUUAAAAAAUGUAAAUCCACGGGAAAUAGAGCCUGGUCAAAGUUCCUCACGUCUUUGUUUAAAGUUCUGAAUUGAGGAGAUUAACUUGUUCACCUUGUUCAUUUUCUUAUUCCGGGUUGCCUGUGGCAGACAAUGGAUCCGUCUCGGGCCUUUGUCAAAGAUGCCAAGCGAGUCAUAAUCAAGGUGGGAACUGCUGUUGUCACCAGAACUGAUGGAGGACUUGCGUUGGGUCGGAUAGGCUCAUUAUGUGAACAGAUUAAAGAAUUGAUGUCAUUAGGCCUCGAGGUUAUUCUUGUUACAUCUGGCGCUGUGGGGAUUGGUCGGCAAAGGCUUCGCUAUCAGAGAUUGAUUAACAGCAGUUUUGUAGACCUCCAGAAACCACAGGUUGAACUUGAUGGAAAACCAUGUGCUGCAGUUGGGCAAAGUGGUCUCAUGGCUAUCUAUGACAGUCUAUUUAGUCAGCUGGAUGUUGCAUCAUCCCAACUUCUUGUAACUGAUAAUGAAUUCAAGGAUUCAGACUUCAGAAAACAAUUGAGUGAAACUGUAGGUUCUUUGCUAGAGCUGCGUGUGGUUCCAAUUUUCAAUGAAAAUGAUGCAGUGAGCACAAGAAAAGCACCAUACAAGGAUGCUACUGGAAUAUUCUGGGACAAUGAUAGCCUUGCUGCUCUCUUGGCUCUUGAGUUGAGAGCUGAUCUUCUGAUUCUCCUGAGUGAUGUUGAAGGGCUUUACAGUGGCCCACCAACUGAUCCUCGCUCAAAACUAAUACGUACAUACUUAAAGGAGGAGCACGAUGAAACAAUUACGUUUGGAGAUAAGUCUAGGGUUGGGAGAGGUGGCAUGACAGCUAAAGUUAAAGCUGCUUGUCAUGCUGCAGAAGCUGGUAUUCCUGUUGUUAUUACUAGUGGAUUUACUGCAGAUGGAAUUUUGAGAGUGCUGCAAGGUCAGCGUGUAGGCACUCUCUUCCACAGGGAGGCACAUUUAUGGCAUUCAGUCCAAAUAAAAGAGCAUAGUGCACGCAAGAUGGCAGUUUCUGCCAGAGAUGCUAGUCGUGUUUUGCAGGGUUUUUCUUCUGUUGAUAGAAGGAAGAUUCUUCUAGAUGUAGCAGAUGCUCUGGAAGCCAAUGAAGAGUGUAUCAGGAAAGAGAAUGAAAUUGAUGUCUAUAUUGCAAAAGAAACAAGGAUUUCUGAGGCCUUGAUUUCUCGAUUAACAUUAAAACCUGGAAAGAUUUCGGACUUAGCAAAAUCCUUGAGAGUUCUUGCAGAUAUUAAUGACCCAAUUGGACAAGUAGUGAAAAGGACAGAGAUUUCAGAUGGAUUAAUUCUAGAGAAGACAACAUGUCCCUUGGGUGUGCUACUUAUAAUUUUUGAAUCUCGACCAGAUGCCCUGGUACAGAUAGCCUCUUUAGCAAUCCGGAGUGGGAAUGGCCUCCUCCUGAAAGGUGGUAAAGAAGCAGCACGAUCAAAUGCAAUUUUGCAUAAGGUUAUUUCUGAAGCACUCCCUAAAUCUGUUGGACCAGAGCUAAUUGGUCUCGUUACUUCUAGAGAUGAAAUUCCAGAUUUGCUCAAGCUGGAUGAUGUCAUAGAUCUUGUGAUUCCAAGAGGAAGUAAUAAGCUGGUUUCUGAAAUAAAGGAGUCAACAAAAAUUCCAGUACUUGGUCAUGCUGAUGGUGUUUGCCAUGUUUACGUGGACAAAGCUGCUGAUUUGGAUAUGGCCAAGCGAAUUGUUUUGGAUGCAAAAACUGACUAUCCUGCUGUUUGCAAUGCAAUGGAAACACUACUUGUACAUGAGGCCCUAAUGAAGACUGGUGGACUUAACGAACUUAUUCUGGCACUAGAAACAGCAGGUGUCAGAUUGUAUGGUGGCACAAAGGCAUCUGAUCUCCUCAAAUUACCUAAGGCCAUAAGCUUUCAUCAUGAAUACAGUUCGAUGGCAUGUACUGUAGAAAUCGUGAAGGAUGUUCUUGAAGCUAUUAACCAUAUUCAUGAACAUGGAAGUGCUCACACAGACUGUAUAGUAACUGAAGAUCGUGAUGUUGCAGAUGUUUUCUUACGCCAGGUAGACAGUGCUGCUGUGUUUCAUAAUGCAAGUACACGCUUCUGUGAUGGAGCUCGCUUUGGUCUGGGUGCAGAGGUUGGAAUAAGUACAAGUAGAAUUCAUGCUCGUGGACCUGUUGGAGUUGAAGGGCUUUUAACAACCCGGUGGUUAUUGAGAGGUACCGGACAAGUAGUUAAUGGUGAUCAUAGGAUAACGUACACACACAAGGAUCUUCCUGUUAAUUACAGAAAGGAAGCUUCAAAGAACUUGGAUGUUGCUAAUGGUGACAGUGUAGUAGUACCUUCUUCGCAUACAGAUCUUGCUAAUGGUUGUAAUUUGAAAACCUGAUAUUCAUUGUUACUUUGAGUAGAAAAGAUUAUAUGGUAGAGUAUAAGUAGUUGCUUAGUAAGGAAUCCGCUUAAUAAAGUUAUGACUGGUAUGUAUCAUAAGUUAUAACUCUCAUAAUAAGAUAAUUUUUUUUUUUUGGGUACUUGAAGUGUAGGCUGAGCACUUAUGCUCUGAAGCAGUGUUUAUCUGCUGUGGAAGGCGUGCCUUUUUAUCUUUAUGGAAUGCACAAACUUUGUAUUUGUAUUUUA